AUGCUGGCUGCCGGCGGCGCCUCUUACUGGGGAGCCCUGUCUAGACUGGGGCACGAAACCUGGCCCGUUGCCGGCCCGUAGUCAGCUUUCAAGCCACGCUCUGCAUAAGCACCCCUUCGCUGUUGGCAAAUGUCGUGGUGCCGCCUUCGCUGGUUGUCAACAUGGCUACAGACUCGGAUGUACUCCAUUUCCAGUUUGAACAGCAAGGGGAUUCCGUGCUGCAAAAGAUGAACCUCUUGAGACAGCAGAACUUAUUUUGUGACGUUUCAAUAUAUAUUAAUGACACUGAGUUUCAUGGACACAAGGUGAUUUUUGCUGCCUGCUCCACAUUUAUGAGGGAUCAGUUUUUGCUCAAUCAGUCGAAACAGAUGCGAAUCACCAUAUUGCAGAGUGCUGAAGUUGGCAGAAAGUUACUGUUGUCUUGUUAUACUGGUGCUCUGGAGGUUAAAAAGAAAGAGCUUUUGAAGUAUCUCACUGCUGCAAGUUACCUUCAGAUGGUCCACAUUGUAGAGAAAUGUACCGAAGCAUUAUCUAAAUAUCUGGAAAUUGAUGCAUCUAUGGAGAAUAGUAAUCAGAAUAUAGAGAAAUGCCAUUCCUCUGAUACUGGACUGAGAAAUAAAGAUGACAGUUUAGAUAAAGAUUGUGAAAUAAUUGAAAUUUCUGAAGAUAGCCCUGUUACAUUAGAAUAUAAUGUAAAACAGGAGAAAGGGGAUAUCUUACAACCAGCAAUGCAAAGCUUAAUAUCGGAAAGAAAGGACAUGAAAUCGCCAGAGAUUUCCACAGUCGAAAUAGGAUAUAAAGAUGAUGAAAUUUGUAUCUUCAGAAUGGAUUCCAUGAGCAUAGAUAAUGUGGACAAUGAUCAUUUUCCGCAGCCUUGCACCUCCUCUAAAACAAGCUUAUAUUUUCCAGAAACGCAACAUUCACUGAUAAAUUCUACUGUUGAGAACAGAAUUACAGAAAUGCCUGGGAAUCAUUUUCAGGGGUUUGUCAGUGACAAUACAGAAGGAACCUCCAGUGUAAUGAGUGGAUUUCAGAGUCUGGAAGAUUCUGGUUAUUCAUGGCGGCACCAGUGUCCUAAAUGCCCCAGAGGAUUUGUCCACCUUGAAAACUAUCUGAGACACCUAAAAAUGCACAAACUAUUCUUAUGCUUACAGUGUGGGAAAACAUUUACCCAAAAGAAGAAUCUCAACAGGCACAUCCGAGGGCACAUGGGCAUCCGCCCAUUCCAAUGCAUGGUUUGUCUGAAGACAUUUACUGCUAAAAGCACACUUCAGGACCAUUUGAAUAUUCACAGUGGGGACAGACCUUACAAAUGCCAUUGUUGUGACAUGGAUUUUAAACACAAAUCUGCCCUAAAAAAGCACUUGACUUCAGUUCAUGGAAGGAGUGGUGGAGACAAACCAAACCUUGACGUUAUUACACAAAUCAAAAUAGACUAUGAUUAGUGGAUUUCUGGAUAACUGUAAAGACAUGCUGUUGUGGUGAAAUGCCAGUUUUCCAGCAAAUCUCUAUGUAAGGGCGACAAGUGCAAAUAAAUACCUACUCUCAUUUACUGUGUUGAAAUCUAGUGUUGGUACAGUUGUAUGGAUGGUGUUUGCUAGCUAAAAGUAAAUGGCAAAAUAGAACAAAAUUUGUGUUCCUUUACUGGUGCUUGUGGUACGGAUAAAAGACAUCUGCACAAAACUUUUUCUUCUAAAAGAGAACUCUUGCUGCUUUUCUUUCACACUUCCUCCUCAUGUUCGAGGACACUGCCUAUUUCUGGGGGAUCAUUGAUCUCUCAACAAGCUAAAAUCUGGACUGUUGCUUUCCCAACCUUUAAUAGAAAUGUCAAUACCUAUUCAGAAAGUGAAUUAUGAGUGCUCCAAGAGCGAUAGUUAAUGUAUCAGUCUAUGUGAGGUCAUUUUCUCAGUUCACCAAAUGUUUGGAUCUUUUAGCAAAAAGAAGUCAGGGCCUAUUCUAUUCUAAAUAGAUUUUUCUCCCACACUCCUCAUAUCUGUUUGCCAAGAGUGUAGUUUAAAAAAAAUAAAAACAGGAGAACUCUCUAAGGAAGCUUUAAAGUUUGUCUUAGAGGAACUGAAAAAGGCACAAACGUACUAUUCAGUUCACUU